AUGUGUUACCGCGCCCCUUUGUUUUAUACUUUUUGUUUCUGUUUAUUUCUUAUUAAGUCAGCUCUUACUGGGCAAAGAGAUGAUGACAGAAUUGAUUUUCUACCGGGAGUAUGGCCAAUGCCAUCCUUUAGACAGUACUCGGGUUAUCUGCAUGGUUCGACUAGCAAUAUCAGAUUGCAUUACUGGUUGAUUGAAGCAAAAGUUAACCCCAAAGGAUCUCCACUUUUGCUGUGGCUGAAUGGUGGACCUGGAUGCUCGUCCAUGGAGGGACUUUUUAGUGAAAACGGACCUUACAAUGUAUUGGAAGGAAUAAAGGUGGCGCAGAAUAUCUAUUCAUGGAACAACUUUGCUAAUGUUCUAUAUUUGGAAGCUCCAGCUGGUGUGGGAUUCUCAUAUGCCGUGGAUAACAAUAUAACUACAGAUGAUGACUUUACAGCACUGAACAAUUAUCAUGCAUUGUUGAAUUUCCUCAAAAUAUUCCCGGAGUAUAUGCACAGAGACUUUUUCUUAACCGGUGAAAGUUAUGCUGGUGUAUACCUUCCGACUUUAGCACUACACAUCAUUAAAUCAUCAAAAUUCAAAUUGAAAGGUAUCGCUGUUGGUAAUCCACUAACGAGUUACAAGCUUAAUGAUAAUUCAAUGUUAUAUUUUGCUAAGUAUCAUGGAUUGAUAGGUGAAAAAGUAUGGAAUGAUUUGCUCUCACAUUGUUGUCACAGUAAAUAUUAUACUCGUUGUAUGUUCACUGAUAAUCAUUCGGACAAGUGCCAACGUUUAAUCAGCUAUAUAUCAGAUAAUGUAACUAGUGGAUUAAAUGAAUAUAAUAUAUAUGAUCGUUGUGGUGGUGUUAACAGUUUGACAAAUGAAUACCUUAUGAAUCUAUAUUCAAUGUCUGAUAACAGUUCCUAUCCUGGUCCACUGGUACAUAGUGAUUUUGGUAAUCACUUUCGAAACAAUAAGUAUGUUCAAAAGAAACGUGAAUUAAUUUCUCAGAUUCGAGAGAAGAUAGGUGCAAAGCUGGUCCUUCCUUGUAAUGAUGACGACUUAAUCGCAAGGUAUUUAGAUAUGCCAUUAGUACGGAAGGCUCUUCAUUUGAGAACAGAUAUACCAAAAAACUGGGAAGUAUGCAGUGAUGCCGUUUAUGCUGUCUAUAAACGGAAUUACGUGGAUUUAAGUCAGCAAUAUAAGAAGAUCAUUGAAUCCAAAGUCCCAAUACUUAUCUAUAAUGGAGAUAUUGAUAUGGUUUGUAAUUUCAUUGGAGAUGAAUGGUUUGUAGAUGACUUAAAACUCAAGCCGCAUGAUCAUCGACAAAGUUGGAUUUACUUAUCUGAAGGCGGUAGAAAUCUAGUCGGAGGAUAUUGGAAGUCGUUUGUAGGGAACAAUGUCAAGUUUACCUUUGCAACAGUGAGAGGAGCUGGUCAUAUGGUACCUACGGAUAGGCCUGAUGCCAUGUAUCAUUUGAUUUUAUCUUUCGUCAAAAACCAGUCUCUUUAAUGACAAUUCUAUCUUUUGACGGUAUUUCACAAAUUCAGACUACGUGUUCUUCUCUUCUUUUGUAUUCAGACAAUGAUGAGUGAUUAUUUCUGAUAAUACAGUAGUCCUUAAUAUUGAAUUCCAUGUAAUCAUGUAUUAGUCACUGGGACUAUUUUGCUAAAGAUUACCUUUCUUGCAAAAAAUAAAUGAG